ACGUCCCGGACUUCCGCAACACCGGCGGGAGAGGACAUGUGAGAGACGAAUGUGUAUUUUUCAGAGUUCAGUAUUUUGGUGUGUGGAGUGGACAUAGUGCUGAAGACUUGGUCGCUGAUAACGGAAUUAUACAUAGAUAAGCAGCGACUUCAACUUUCUUCCCAUCAUGUACUGUUGUCAACGAUGCAUCCGCAUGCUGCUUGGCAAUGUCUCAGUCCACCCUCCAAGAAACGGUGUUACCCUCCCUCAACAGCAUCUCAGUAUUCACACAACCACAAGAAAAAACGUUCUAUCUUCACACUUCAUCUUACAUGGUGGACGGAUACAACCUCGCAUACCGUUGGUAAGGUCCAGAGUAGGCACCCUCCAAGGACUUUGUGAUUCUGCAGCAGUCAAAAUUAGUCAUCAGAUCAAACCAAGUGACAAUGACGAUACCCUGGCAAGAAAUAUAGUACCUUAUGAGCAAGCACAGACAACAAGCAGAAAACCACAUUUGACAGAAAUACCAGCUCUGUUGGAGCUGGAGGGUGAACCACGCCUCUCGCCCCUUGAAGAGAUCAGCAAUGAAGAAGCAGUUCAGAUCAUCGUACCCCACGCCUUGCCCCCUUCAUCUAAUUCUCUCCGAGCCUACGUGGACCAGUCAGAAACACUCUCCAAACUAGUGCAGCUAGGCGUCGAUCUUUGGAGGCUGGAACAGCGGCGUAAUGUGGGUUCCAUGCUGGUGAGGCUGGACUUUGAGGCAGACGUGGCUCCUCGGCUGCUCUUCCUGAACGACCUGGGGGUGCAGGACCACCAGCUAGGCCACAUCAUCACCACCAACCCCUUCAUCCUCACGGAGGACCUGGACAACCUGAAGGCCAGGGUGUCUUAUCUGAAGUCAAAGAUGUUCAGUGCAGAAUCGGUGGCCUCCAUGGUGCAGAAAGCUCCUUACUUGCUGAACUUCAGUGUGAAGAGACUGGACAAUCGCCUCGGCUUCUACCAAGAGUCCUUAGCCCUCAACCCUGCAAAGACUCGGGACCUCAUCACUCGUCUUCCCAGGCUCCUGUGUGGAAGCCUGGAGCCCGUGAAGGAGAACCUUAAGGUUUAUGAGCUCCAGUUCGGCUUCCGCAAGGGUGAAAUACAACACAUGGUCACCAAAGUCCCAAAAUUGCUGACGGCAAACAAGACAAAACUGACCAAGAUAUUUGACUACAUGCACAACACCAUGGGCAUUCCCCAGCACCUAAUUUCCAAAUUCCCUCAGGUCUUAAAUUCUUCGUUUUUACGGAUGAAAGAAAGACAUCUGUUCCUGAAAUACUUGGGAAGAGCGCAGUACAAUCCUGCUGAACCCAACUACAUUUCCCUGGAUCGUCUUGUGACUCUGCCAGAUGGCGAGUUCUGUGCCAGUGUGGCACUUGCAACAGUAGAAGAUUUUGAGUGCUUCCAAAAGACUUUGUGAUGCAUUUGGUCAUUUUUCAAAAUUCACAAAUUUUUCUUAUUUUCUGCAUUGUUGCGGGAGAAUUGAACUGCAUUACUGCAAUACUGGACAGUAUUUCAAUAAAUCACUAUUGUUUGUUACAAA